AUGUUGAAGGCCAUCAAGAACUGUGAGAUGCCUAAGGAGACCUGGACAAGUUAUGACAUCAGGGUUCUUUACAAAUCUGAUGAGGAGCCUGUGACGCGCAAACCAGUCCUCCCUAAGGUCCCCUCCAUUCCACCUCUGCCGUCACUGUUGCGUGAUGCCAUUUCCUCAUCAGAUGAAAUAUCUCCUCCAGCUAGUAAACUUGCCUCUCUGCAGCCGUUUCACGGCCUUGGAACUCCUGAGCCAUCCUACCAUCUUUCCUCCCAGCCAUCUCGCCACCAUGGAACUCCUGAGCCAUCCUACCAUCUUUCCUCCCAGCCAUCUCGCCACCAUGGAACUCCUGAGCCAUCCUACCAUCUUUCCUCCCAGCCAUCUCGCCACCAUGGAACUCCUGAGCCAUCCUACCAUCUUUCCUCCCAGCCAUCUCGCCACCAUGGAACUCCUGAGCCAUCCUACCAUCUUUCCUCCCAGCCAUCUCGCCACCGUGGAACUCCUGAGCCAUCCUACCAUCUUUUCUCCCAGCCGUCUCGCCACCGUGGAACUCCUGAGCCAUCCUACCAUCUUCCCUCCCAGCCGUCUCGCCACCAUGGAACUCCUGAGCCAUCCUACCAUCUUCCCUCCCAGCCGUCUCGCCACCAUGGAACUCCUGAGCCAUCCUACCAUCUUCCCUCCCAGCCGUCUCGCCACCAUGGAACUCCUGAGCCAUCCUACCAUCUUUCCUCCCAGCCAUCUCGCCACCAUGGAACUCCUGAGCCAUCCUACCAUCUUUCCUCCCAGCCAUCUCGCCACCAUGGAACUCCUGAGCCAUCCUACCAUCUUUCCUCCCAGCCAUCUCGCCACCAUGGAACUCCUGAGCCAUCCUACCAUCUUUCCUCCCAGCCAUCUCGCCACCGUGGAACUCCUGAGCCAUCCUACCAUCUUUUCUCCCAGCCAUCUCGCCACCAUGGAACUCCUGAGCCAUCCUACCAUCUUUCCUCCCAGCCAUCUCGCCACCAUGGAACUCCUGAGCCAUCCUACCAUCUUUCCUCCCAGCCAUCUCGCCACCAUGGAACUCCUGAGCCAUCCUACCAUCUUUCCUCCCAGCCAUCUCGCCACCGUGGAACUCCUGAGCCAUCCUACCAUCUUUUCUCCCAGCCGUCUCGCCACCGUGGAACUCCUGAGCCAUCCUACCAUCUUCCCUCCCAGCCGUCUCGCCACCAUGGAACUCCUGAGCCAUCCUACCAUCUUCCCUCCCAGCCGUCUCGCCACCAUGGAACUCCUGAGCCAUCCUACCAUCUUCCCUCCCAGCCGUCUCGCCACCAUGGAACUCCUGAGCCAUCCUACCAUCUUUCCUCCCAGCCAUCUCGCCACCAUGGAACUCCUGAGCCAUCCUACCAUCUUCCCUCCCAGCCAUCUCGCCACCAUGGAACUCCUGAGCCAUCCUACCAUCUUUCCUCCCAGCCGUCUCGCCACCAUGGAACUCCUGAGCCAUCCUACCAUCUUUCCUCCCAGCCGUCUCGCCACCAUGGAACUCCUGAGCCAUUCCAUCUUGCCCCUCAUGCUGCUUCUGAGAUGGACCUGCACUCUGCAUUACUACGAGAGAUCAUUGCCAAGCAGGAGGUGAUGUGUGAUAUGCAAAGAAAUCUGCUGCGGAUUGUUCAGGAUCUCUCCUCUACACCUACACCACAUGGACACCACAUGGACGGAAGUUUCCUGCCGUUGAGGGAUGCUGAGUCUCUUUUGGCGCUGGACCGCGACAUUAAGACAAACCCAGAGAAGAGAAAGGACUUGGUGCUGACACUGGGCCUUGCUGGGGGCGUAACCCUCAAGGACACUGUGUGGAGGGUCAUGAAGAUGCUUCUUAAGAAUGACUUGGCCUGCAAAAUCAAUUGGACAGGCCUCCAUGGCAAAACAUCAUUCCAGGGCCUAGAAGUCAAAAAUGUUGUUACAGAAGCCAUUCGGAGAAAUCCUGGAUGCAGAGAAUCUACGAACCAGGAGGUGGAGCAAUGGUUGAGGCGUUGGUUGUAUUUGGCUGGCGAUCGAGAAGGGGGUAGGAGGAGGAGAAGCACAGUCCUCCACCACCAGCGACCCAACAACACAUAGUCAGGCACAUCAACACAUAAUGUCAGGCACACACACAUAUGCAUUUCACUUUGGCCAUUUCUGGCCACACUUUAAAGGGUUAGUUCACC